AUGAGCUCUCGGGCCUCUUCAGAUACGCCGGCCCUCAAGAAGCGCAAGCUCGAUGCGCCCGGCGGUGAGGCUUCAGUCACUGCAGAGCCGCCAACGAGGGCCUCCAACCUCAACAUCCAUCCGUCGCGACUCGGCCGCGCCCCCGCCCUCAAAGCCGCCGUCAAGCCCAGCAUAGGAGGCUCAAAGGAAAAGACCAAGGCCAAGCAACGCUACCUCAAAGCCAAAAAGGACCGCAAAAAGGCGCGCAGGAAGGCAGCGCCCAAGGGCGAAAAGAAGAAGCAGAAACCCACUUCGCUGGCCGCCAUCGGUGAUUCGCUGACUUUUCCAGAGGAAGCGGCGCUUCAUGCGGCUGCUGCAGAGACGCAGAGCGCCUUGGAUCCGGUCCCUGAAUCUGAUUCGUCCUCAGAGAGCAGCAGCGACAACGACGACGACGACGACAACGACGACGACAACGACGACGACGACGACGACGACGACGACGAUGACGACGACGACGACAACGACAACGACAACGACGACGACAACACCUCGGGUGCAGCGAACACUUCCGCCGGCGUCAGAAUGAGAGACGCUGACGGCGACUCUCCAGAAGACACAGGUUCAGCGACGCAAGAGGUUGAAAACACCAAUGGAAGGCUGAACGAAGAUCAUGAAGAGGUGGUUGGGCUUCAACGCUUCCCGGCCGCCGGUAUCAAGAAAGCCUCGGAUCCCGCUCUCAUCAAGCAGCUCGGGCUCACCGAGGGCAUGUCGAGCCGGACCGUCGUCGAUCCGAAACUCUCAACGCCGCUCAUCUCAGCGACCACGGGUGCGACGCCAACUAGCCAGGGUGCGAUCGUUGUCGUGGAGAAUGCGAGCAAGGAGAGCGGCGGGUUUGCCAAUGUGGCGCUCAGCGAGAGCGUCCGCAGCCGUCUCGAGGAGCUGGGCGUGUCAGAGUGGUUUGCAGUCCAAGUCUCCGUGAUCCCAUCGUUGCUCUUGCUGCCGCACAGCAGGUCACUCUACCGACCCACGGCGCCGCCUCGAGACCUCUGCGUGUCGGCGCCGACCGGCAGCGGCAAGACGCUAGCCUACGCUGUGCCCAUCGUCGAGAUUCUGCGCACGCGGCAGGUGACGAGACUCCGCGCACUGAUUGUGCUGCCGACCCGCGACCUCGUGUCGCAGGUCAAAAGCACCAUUGAGCUCAUCUCCAAGGGCACAGGUCUCAAGGUCGGCAUUGCCACCGGUCACCACAGCUUUUCGCACGAGCAGUCGCAGAUCAUGAACCGGGACUUCAACCGGCCCAAAGUCGAUAUUCUGAUCUCCACACCAGGAAGGCUGAUCGACCACCUUGACUCCACCCUGGGAUUCACGCUGAGUCAUCUGCGCUUCCUCGUCAUCGACGAGGCCGAUCGUCUCCUCAGCCAGUCGUUUCAGGAGUGGCUGCGCAAGGUUCUGCAGGCCACCGAGGAGGAUCCCUCCGCAAUCGCUGCCGAGUCAGACUCGUUCCGCGACCUCGACGAACGCCUUGGCGUCGGAAGCUUGGAAGGCCCCCCCGCGGAGGCUCCUUCCCGCGUUUUGCGCCACCAUCAUGGUGCGCCCGAUGAUGUGCUAGAGCAAGUCAAGCCCGCGGUCCAGAAGCUGCUGUUCUCCGCCACGCUGACCAGGGACCCUGCAAAGAUCGCCGCGCUGGGACUUCGACAUCCGCACUACAUCGCCAUCCAGGCGGAGCCUACAGACGACGAUCGACCCAGCCACGAGAGUUUUUCGCUGCCGCAGUCUCUGCGAGAGCACAUGUUGGUCACCAGCGCCGCAGACAAGCCGCUCGAGCUGCUCCAGCUCCUGCAUCGGCCGAAGUCUCCGCUGAGGAGAGUGCUCUGCUUCACGAAAAGCGUCGAGUCAGCGGCAAGGCUCGUCAAGCUCGUUGAAUUCUUUGAGCAAGCGCAGACGGCCCGCGGCCUUCCAGCCAUCACGGCGGAAAACUUCUCGUCCGAGCUCAAGGCGGGCAGGAGGCAAAAGAUCAUGGACGAAUUCGCAAAGGGUCAGAUCGAUCUACUGGUCUGCUCCGACCUCAUCUCUCGCGGCAUUGAUCUGCCCGACGUGCAGCACGUCAUUUCGUACGACGUGCCCGUCGACGCCUCCAAGUAUGUCCACCGGGUCGGUCGGACUGCGCGAGCCAAUCGUGAAGGAGAUGCCUGGACCCUGGUCGAGGAGCACGAGGCGCGCUAUUUCAAGGGCCUUCUCAAGGCCGUCAUCCGACAGGGCAAGGUGGAGAAGAUCAAGCCGACGGCGGACAGUGUCGAUCCUCGGAUGCGGGAUGAUUACGCCGCGGCACUCCAGAAGCUCGCCGACUUCUACAAGCGCUCCGGAUCAGAGGCGGGCCGUUAA